AUGACCCCCCUCCGCCGCUACACAACAGUCUCCAUCCCCGCCUCCUACGGGCGUCUCGACGACAGCCCUUCCCCCGGCACCGUAGCAGGAAUCGUCCUAGGCAGCGUCGCAGGCUUCAUCUUCCUCCUCUACCUCGCCUACCUCGGCCUCGGACUGAACAACAAACCACCCCCCGACGACGUAGAAGUCAGCACCGUGUCGAUGUCGACGACGACGGAGUCCGCGCUGGGGAGGCGGGUGCGGCGGGCGCGCCGCGGCGGGGAGGAAGAAUCGAGACGGCAUCCGGAUGACGACCAUAUUGUGGUGGAGGAGUCGAUGACGAGUGCGUCGAGGACGGAUGAGGGGGAUGUGGUGGAGGUUUUGGAGGAGCCUUCGUCGGUUGAUGGGCCGGUGGCGCCUGCGCGGUCGAGGUCGAGGAGGAGUCGGGUGUCGGGGUCUUAUCGGACGGUUGAUCCGUAUGAGUAUGGGGGUGAGAGUUCGUAUGAUGGGCGAUGA